AUGGUUCUCUACGGCCGGUUGGGAGUUCACUGGUUCAACUUUGAGAAUAAUAGGAACUUGGAGUUCAUACGCAUACCUAAAUUGAAUACCGAACAUCCCUUUUCUGAGAGUUACUAUAUUACUGUCGACGUUAAAGAUGUUGAUGCUGCUGCUGCUGAUCAUUCUCUCACUUUGCAAACUAUGGUCAGAAGACCUCUCAUUGACGAGCUUAUUCUCUACAUGGCACACUGCCGAAUCAAACCCACACCAGUGGAAAGAGAUACUACUCGCUUUAAAUACUUCAAUAGUUUUGUGCCAGAUAAGUUUUACCAAGGACCUAUGCCUGAUUUUUUGUCGGAACCACCAGAAGAUGCUGAUCAUGAUGAUGCUAUGAGAUUCUACGAGGUUCCGGACAUGGACAUUGAUAAAUAUGAUUGGCUUCUUCUAUAUGCCGAGUUUGCACUUUUCCGUGUUUGCGAAAAGGCUGGAUCUCAUUCUUUCCUGCCUGAGGAGAUUGAGAUGAAGAAUGUACUUGUGGAAACCCUAGAAACUCAUACCGAGCCGUCUCUGAAGCUCAAGUCUAUGAAUGCUAUCUUCCACAUCAGCUUCAGGGCCAACAGUUUCGACUACACUUCUGUAGUAAGGAGAACUACUAUUUUGGUUCCAGAACAUAUGUUCCUCGAAGUCGAUUGCCGCAAAGAACCUUGA